UUGCAAAACUUUCAGGUAAGGCACCCGCACCUUUCACGAUGUCUUUCUGUACUUGCGCCAUGCAGCUCAAAAAUUGUAAGCUCGUUUCGGAAAGUUCCACAAGGAGUGCGCAUGUUUCGUCAACUCAUGGAAGCUGUCCAUUACCUGCACGAACGAAAUAUCGUCCACCGAGACAUCAAACUCGAGAACAUUCUCAUUGACGCCAACGGUGACGCUAAACUGGCCGAUUUUGGAUUUGCCCGAUUUAUUGCUCGACGAGAACGGUCGCGGUCUUUCUGUGGUACGAGGCCAUACUCUGCUCCACAAAUAACAGUCUACAAACCGUACGAUUCGUACGCAGCAGACUGGUAUGCUCUCGGCAUCGUUCUCUACACAAUGCUGGUAGGAAAAUGGCCAAAGGAUAAUCCACCCAACGUGCCAAGAACAACGCUUUCAUUCCCGGAUUCCGUGCCGUCUGCGCCAUGUCGCCGGCUCAUCGCGUCCCUGCUGGAACCUGUAAGUAUGAACACAAUUUUCGUGUACUGCUAUCGCGCG